AUGGGCGGCAGCGGGUCCAAGGGUGCCCCCGCACCUCAGCCCGAGGAAAACAUCUGCUACUUCCCCCGGGACCUGCGGAAGGGCGCGUACGGCGGGGACGUGUGGUGUUUGCAGGGGUUCUUGCGACAGCGGGGGUUGCUGACCAUCCAGCCGACGGGGUACUUCGGGGCCGCGACGGAGGAGGCGCUGACGGCGUGGCAGAAGCGGCAGCGGCUGACCGUGCCGAUCAAGGGCGUGUUCGAUUUCGGCAGCAGAAUGCGGUAUGCAGAGAGCCACGGUCUGGAGCGGCCGUCGAUGGCGGUGAACCCCGGGCUCGUGGACGGGCAGGAGCGGUUCUGCAUCGACGUGCGGUCUGAGCUCAACGGAGAGAGCGCGGCGGAGACGCGGUGCGUCGCGCACGAGGCGGACAAGGUGCACGCGUGCCGCGAGGCGUGCCAGUUCAGCUUCGCGAGCGCGUGCGACAAGAUGUACCCCGCGGGGACGCCGGACGGGGAGAACAGCUACGCCAAGUGCCUGGCCAACAUCCCGCAGGCGCUCUGCCGCGCCCUCCUGGCGCUUGCAUUAGGGAUCGCAGCGAUCCUGACGACGUCACACAUCUACACGGGUGUCAAACAAUCGGCUUAUGGCGCCAAGGACCCAGAGGACCGGCGCAAAAGCGUCGUGAGUUUCCUGCACGGAGAAAAUGCGCCGGGAACGCCCGUCGCCUCCUGGACGCGGCUCCAAACCGCGCGCCAUCUGCUCAACACAUCAGCGACGGCGACUCCCAGGGCGAGUUCCACGCGGAGCACGACACCGGAACGCCGGGCACCAACCGAAGAGAAGUCCAUCUCCGGGCAGCUCGGGUUCGCGUGCUCGAUCCUGCUGACCUACGUCGGCAAGCAGCUCACGCCUCUCAGCGACGAGGGCGCAGGCGGCGUCGAGGUGCCCUUCUUCCAGGGCUACCUCGGCAUUCGGCGCUUCACGGACGUGCCGGUCGAUUCGUGGGCGCUGAGCUUCGACUUCCAGGCGGGCGAGGCCUUCCUCCCAGGGCAGAGCGCGCUGGUGAACGCCGAGACGCGCGGCGGCGAGCAGCGGCCCGGGCGGGGCAACACCACGGUGAUCUUCUUCAGCCCGAGCAAGAACGCGACGCAGCCGGCGGGGGACGGGCGCAGUGCCGUGCGGAACACCACUGCGACAGUGGGGAUCUCUAGAGCGACCGGCGCCGCAGUCCCGGACCUGUCGCUCGCGCGCAACCGCGAGGCGGCCAUCGUCUUUUUCCCGGAGAAGGGCAACCCGGAGUGGGCGUCCGGCUUUCCGUACGCCCCGCUCGCGAACGUCAUCUUCAACAACCUGCGCUGCCGCAGCCUCCUGAAGAGCCAGUUCCAGGACUGCGUGACGCCCACCAACCACCUCCAGAUGCAGUACCUCCCCGUCGAACGCGUCCGCGCCCCGCUCGGCGGCCCGCGCCUCCUCCCGUUCCACCAGAUGUUUGCCGCCAUCACCAACACCGGGGGCGCGCCAGUGCCAGUGGCCAGGAUCUCGUUCGAGUACUGGUUCAACGGGAACCACACGCAGCCGUCGCGGUACGAGAUGGCGUGCAACGACCUGCGCGUGGGGAGCGUCGUGGUCGGGUGCAAGGACGUGCAAGGGCGGCCGCGGCUGCGCGCGGUGACGCGGCUCAACAGCGACAUCGCGGUCGUGCUCGGGCUGGUGCCCGGGGCGCGGUUCGUCACGCGGGUGAGCUUCAAUGUGCCGGAGGACGUGGUGCUCGUGCCGGCCGGACAGGCGGGGAACGCCACAGCAGGCAAUCGCAGCCAAGCGACGAGCAUCACGAUGGUGCUCACGAUGGCGACGACCGACGGCUCCCUUCUCAACCCCGUCGAGGACUACUCGUUCCGCAACACCACCGUCCUCCAGGGCGCGCAGUCGGAGGUCUUGCUGCAGCGGGGCGUCGUCGCGCGCGUGCGGGAGCCCAACAUGCGCAUGCCGCUGUUGAUCGCCGGCGACGGUGGGGCCUCGCAGGUCGCGUGGGGGCUGCCCCCGGGGAAGACCUUCUGCCCCGAGAGCGUGUCGCCGCCGGGGUACAUCUGCGCCGAGCCGGACGACCCCGGGUCGUGCCUGGUGCGCACAGAGUACUGCUGUGCGUCGCAGGAGGAGGUGAGCCCCGACAUCCCCCAGGACUGGCCCUUCGACGGACGCACCAGCAAGAGCCCCCUCAACAGUUUCCUGGAGGAGAUCGUCCGGGAGCUGCGCGACACGUCUCCGCCGCCUCGCGAGCAGCAGGUGGACGUGGGCGGUGCCGGCGACGGCGAUGCGUCGACGCAGCCAGGGGCGCCGGCGCCCGACAGCGAGGCACCUGACGGCGGCGGGGGUGUGCUGUCCGCGCGCGCGGCGCGGCGGGCGUCGACGACCAACAUGCUGCUUGGCGUGCUUCUAGGCGUCGGAUCCGUCGCCCUGCUCGGUGCGACCAUUCUCAUCCUGUGGUGCGGGCGGAGGAUCCGUCGGAACCGGCAGCUCAAGGCCCUGCUGCAAGCCAGCAAGGGCGACGCGUCCAACAACAAAGGGCGCGCCGCAGCCGACGCCGCGCGACCCGUCGUGAGCUGGCGCAAGGUCCUGCAGAUGCGGUCCCCAAGCGGCCCGGACCCCCUCCACGGCUCGUCGGGGCUGCUCAUCCCGGCGUGGGCCGGCCACCUGUCCUCAGACCCCAAGCCACCCGAGUCACCGCACGACAGCGCGCGCCCGGGCCUGGGCCCGAUGCCUCCCGCCGCCAUGCAGGUCGCCGGCGCGGUGCCGAGCAGGCGGACCGUCGCGCACGUCGUCCCGUCCGAAGCGACCGCGGAGAUUGUAUCCGAGCAGUUCUCCACCAGCCGACAGACCUCCGCGCCGCAGGAGAGCUCGCUGUCGACUGCACCCGUGGGCGCGGGCAGCGGGAUGGACUGGAUCGACGAAGUGGGCGGGGGCGCAACGAGCAUCCUCGAACGCCGCGGAACGUUCGGCAUGUGGCACGAGAUGCGCCUCGAGGACUUCCGCAAAAUCCGACGCUGCGGCCGCGGAGCCUUUGGCGAGGUGUGGGAGGCCGGCUGGACCCCCCCCGGGUCGGACACGGAGCUCGAGGUGGCCAUCAAGAUCCUCAACCGCGACCCGACGAGCGGCGACAUCGAGGAGGUGUACCGCUCGCUGCGCCACGAGCUGUCCGUGCUCACGCAGCUCUCGCACCCGCGCAUCGUGCGCUGCGUCGGCGGCGCGCUGGAGCCGAAGCCCUUCCUGGUGAUGGAGUUCGAGCGCGCCGGGUCGCUCCACGACCGCCUGUACGCGCCGUGCGUGCCGAACGGGCCGCCGGGGCAGCGGCCGUACUCGUACAUAGAGACGCUGCAGCUGGCGCACGACGUCGCCGUGGCGCUGGCGUACCUGCACCCGGGGGGCAUCAUCCACCGCGACAUCAAGCCGCAGAACCUGCUGAUCGGACCAGACGGCCGAGUGAAGCUGGCGGACUUUGGCAUCGCAAAGCUCACGGACCCGGACGCUACGAUCAACGGCACACUGAUGAUGUCCAGGGGCGGCAACGACGGAACACCCUACUACAUGAGCCCCGAGGUCCUCUCUGCCGAGCGAGUCACGGACCGCGCGGACAUUUACAGCCUGGGCGUCGUCGUCCUCGAAGCCUGGACGGCAAGUCGCCCCUGGAAGGAUUUGACUCAAGUCUUCCAGGUGGUGUACAAGGUCGUGAUGGCCAACGAGAGACCCCCCAUCCCCAGCAACACCCCUCGGGCCCUCCGGCGGCUGAUCCAGCGGUGCUGGGACGCCGACCCGCUGAAGCGACCCUCGGCCGCGGACCUCGUGCUCGAGACGUCCAGGCUCAUCGACAGCUACCAGCGGCAAGCACCAAAGACCGCACCGCCGCAGGAGCUCGCGGCGGGCGCGCCCGGCGUCGACGGACGCACGCGCGCAGCCGGGGUCGUGGGGGCGAUCAGACGGACGACCUCCAGCCUGCGUGGCAUGCUCGGGGGCGGGCAGCGGGCGGGCGCACGGGACGCACCGGAGGGCGCCGGCGCGCGCAGGGCGUCCCGUGAGGCCACGGGCGCGCCGUCGGAGCACAUCGAGCGGCUGUCGGAGGGCGACGAGAGCGCGGCAGGGCGGGAGGCAACAUCGCAGCUGCCCCUGCAGAUGCUGACGCCUGCCGCGACGAGCGGGGCGGCCUCGGGCGACGCUGCGAGCGCGGCUACAAUCGGGCCAGUCGUCGCCGGCGGGACAGGAUCGUCCGUGUCUGGCGCCGAGCGGCGACGGUCGACAAGCAAGCUGCAACUGCCUGGUGGGGGGGGCGCAUAA